CUCCUCUCUCCCUCUCACGCUGCACACACCCACUCUUACCUCUCCCACUCUCCUGUACUCCGGUUCAUGUCCUGCUGCUCCCCAUGUCGCCCCCACUCGAGCUCGACUACAUAGGCCUCUCGCCGCCGGCAGCUGCCGCGGCCGUCGACGACCUCAAGGGCACCGAGCUCCGCCUCGGCCUGCCGGGCUCCGAGUCGCCGGACCGCCGCGUUGCCACCGCCGCUGGCGCUACCCUAGAGCUGCUCCCCGCCAAGGGCGCCAAGCGCGGGUUCUCCGACGAGGCGCCUCCACCGCCAUCCGCCGCCGCUGCCGGGAAGGGCAAGAAGGUGGCGGAGGAAGAAGAGGACAAGAAGGUGACAGCGACGCCGCAGCCAGCCGCCAAGGCUCAGGUGGUGGGAUGGCCACCAAUCCGCAGCUACCGCAAGAACACUAUGGCGACAAACCAGCUGAAGAGCAGCAAGGAGGAUGCCGAGGCAAAGCAGGGCCAGGGGUUCCUCUAUGUUAAGGUCAGCAUGGAUGGCGCGCCGUACCUCAGGAAGAUCGACCUCAAGACCUACAAGAACUACAAGGACCUGUCGACCGCACUCGAGAAGAUGUUCAUUGGCUUUACAACUGGCAAGGGUGGUUUAUCUGAGAGCCGCACUGAUGGCGAAUAUGUGCUGACUUUUGAAGACAAGGAUGGUGACUGGAUGCUCGUUGGUGAUGUUCCAUGGGAAAUGUUCGCUGACUCCUGCCGUAGGCUCAGGAUCAUGAAAGGUUCAGAUGCAAUUGGACUUGCUCCAAGGGCAGUGGAGAAAUCCAAGAACCGCAACUAAUGGUUGCUCCCUUCAGUCAAAAGCAAGAUGGAGACAGUUAGCCUUAGGGCAAAACCGUCUUAUAGUUGUAAGACAGAUUCCGCCUUAUUGUUUGUACCACACUGUUUGAUGUUCUACAAGUAAAAAAAAAUGUAUCGUGUUAUUUUAGGGUUGCUAAAUCUCCUACGGGACAUAAGCUCUAUCUGACUAUGCCCGAGUCUUUGUAUGCGUGCUAUUCCUAAUUGUGUAAAUGGUUUGGUACAUGUUGUGCUUCUACUAUGAUUGAGCACUCUUUAAGUCCUACCUACUUUGAAA